AUGGACAUAGGAGGCCUGACUACUGUGGUGGCAAACUCUGCUUACAUUUCAGCCCGGGGGAGUUUUGACGGCACCGCGAACCCUGCAGCCAAUCGGGACAAGAGGUACCACACGCGCCUGAAGCUGCCUCAUAUCACCGUCUGCGAAGGUCUGAGGGAAACUCUGGACCUGGGAUUUCAAACUGUCUGUGUUGAUCAACCCAUCGGGAAGAAGCUUUUCCAGGAGUUUUUGGAUUCGGCUCCGGAGUACAAAGGCCCGUGUCGUCUGUGGAAAGAUAUAGAGGAGUACAACUUGGCAGAAGAUGAUGAACGUGCGCAGAAGGCCAGCAAGAUCCUGUCCCGCUACAUGGAACCGGAUGCAAAGUAUUUCUGCCCGUUUUUACCUGAAAAUGGCAUCACGAAAGUCAAAGAAAAGCACAAAGAGGCGGGGGACGAUCUGUUCAAUGAGACGAUGGACAGCGUGAUGGACUUCCUGAAGGAGGUGCCGUACACGUUCUUCUUGGAGAGCAUGUUCCUCAAGAGGUUCCUGCAGUGGAAGUGGCUGGAGACGCAGCCUGUGGACGAGGACUGGUUCCUGGACUUCAGAGUUCUGGGGAAAGGCGGGUUUGGAGAGGUGUCUGCGUGUCAAAUGAAGGCCACGGGGAAACUGUACGCCUGCAAGAAACUCAACAAGAAGAGACUGAAGAAGAGGAAAGGCUACGAGGGGGCGAUGGUGGAGAAGAGAGUCCUGGCCCGGGUCCACAGCAGGUUCAUCGUGUCUCUGGCCUACGCCUUUCAGUCCAAAACAGAACUGUGUCUGGUCAUGACCAUCAUGAACGGAGGAGACCUGAGGUAUCACAUCUAUAACGUGGAUGAGAAUAACCCCGGCUUUGACGAGCCCAGGGCCUGUUACUACGCGGCUCAGAUCAUCCAGGGCCUGGAGCAUCUGCACCAGAAGAGAAUCAUCUACAGAGACUUGAAACCAGAGAACGUCCUGCUCGACAACCAAGGAAACGUUCGUAUCUCUGACCUUGGUUUGGCCGUGGAGCUGGAGGACGACCAGAACAAAACCAAAGGCUACGCCGGAACGCCAGGUUUCAUGGCCCCAGAGCUGCUCAAAGGAGAGGAGUAUGAUUACUCUGUGGACUACUUCACUUUGGGAGUGACUUUAUACGAGUUCAUCGCCGCUAAAGGCCCGUUCAGGACCCGAGGAGAGAAGGUGGAGAAUAAGGAGGUGAAGAAGCGCAUUUUGAACGACCCUGUGGUGUUUCCAGAGAAGUUCAGUGAGGACGCGCGCUCUGUGUGUGAGGCGCUGUUACACAAAGAGGUCGACAAAAGACUCGGCUUCAAGAACAACUCGUGUGACGAGCUCAGGGCGCAUCCUUUUUUCAAACACAUCAACUGGAGGAAACUCGACGCAGGGAUUCUUCCACCUCCUUUUGUGCCAAACUCCAAAACCGUUUACGCUAAAGACCUGGACGACGUGGGGGCGUUCUCCACCGUCAGAGGGGUCCAGCUCGAUGACAAAGACAACAACUUCUUUGACGAGUUUUCUUCUGGAAACAUCUCCAUCCCGUGGCAGGAGGAGAUGAUCGAGACGGGGAUCUACAGGGAGCUGACGGUGUGGGGCCCGGGGGGGACGCUACCCAACGACCUGCGGCGGGAGUCCAUCCUGGAGCAGCCCAAGUCCUCCACCUGCUCCCUGUCCUGAGGAAGCACCGUCUCAAAUGGACAAACAGGGACUUUUAUGUCAGAGUAGAGUUUCUGCUGCGUAGAGC